GUGAUCCCCGCACCAGUCGCGGCGGGCUACGUCGCCGCCGCCAAGUCCAUCGGCGAUCAGCGUGCGGCGGGCGUCACCAACGAUCUCAAGGGGCCAAGUUUCUACACCACCGCCCCCAAGCAGGAGGAGGCCAAGAAGGCCAAGGUGUACGCGGAGCCCGUGAUCCCGGCCGAGGCCCAGUCCACCGCCGUGGGCUUCGCGGACGCCACGGUCAGCGACGACGGCAAAGUGUACGCUCAGGCCAACAACGAAGCCAGCGUGAACGGCGAGGACUCGACCGCCUACUCGGAUGCCACGUCAACCGCGAACGGCGACGAUGCGACUGCCACAUCCACCGCCGACGCCUUUGCCGACUCGAGCGCCACGGAGUCGGGCAACGCGGACGCCACGGCAGCCUCCGAUGCCACCGCGACCGGCGAGGAUUCCACUGCCACCGCCGUCGGAAACUCCACGGCGCUGGCGGGCGGGGAUGGUUCCGCAACUGCCACCACGGACGCCACAGCGAGGGCGCUCGCUCCUGAGGGCGGGGCAACUGCGAAUGCCUUCGGCACGUCGGAGGCGUUUUCGCCCGACGGGGAGGCCAUCGCGACCACCAACACCUUCGCCGAGGCGCAGGCGCCGGAGGGCGCGGCCACCGCCAUCGCCGACGGGACUGCAUUCGCGCAGGGGCAGGACGCCUUCGCGGAGGCCCCCUCCGUGGCAUAUGCCGAGGGCGAGACGGCUGAUGCGUUUGCCAAUGGCGGCGCGACGGCAUUCGGCGGGGAUGAAGGCAGAGCCACCGCGAAAGGCAGCGGGGAUGCGACUGCUGAUGGCCAGGAGGGCGCCUUCGCCGCCGCGGCUGCGCCCGCCUACGCCUCCUCCGGAGAGGAAGGCGUCUCCACUGCGAUCGGCGACGCGACCGCUACUGCCACCACCGAAGAAGGGAACGCCGAGGCGCAGGCCAACGGCGACGCGACGGCAGCAUCCGGCGACGGCGGCGUGUCCACCGCGCAGGGUACCGGCGAUGCGUUUGCCGUUUCUGCUGAGGGCCCCGCGGUGGCCAAUGGGGCUGCCAACGCGGAUGCCGCCGCUGGGGAGAAUGGCUACGCCGAUGCAACGGCCGACGGCCUUGGCGUCGCGUCGGGGACGGACGCCACAGCGACUGGGUCGGGCGACGCCACGGCGAGUGUGGGGGAUGAGGAGGCCAACGCCAGCGGCAGCGGUAGCGUGCGCGCGACCAAGGACGGCGUGGAAUCGAGUGCCGAGGGCAGCGCCUCGGGCGACGGCGCCAAGGCCACCGCGUCGGCGACCGCCAUUAGCGACAGCAAGCGCGGCCCGCGCGGGAAGGCGACGGGCACCGGAUCGGCAACCGCCGCGGACGGCGCCGCGACCGCCGAGGCGAACGGCACCGCCGUGGCCUUCGCGCCGGCCCCAGCGCCGGAGCCGGCGCCUCUGAUCGAAGGUUGA